GACUACCGCGGCGGGGUUGGAAGUGGACGAACCCUAGUUCCUCGCCCCCACCCUCACCCCCUCUGCUCCGUUCUCCGCCGCCGCCUCUCUCCUACUCCGACCCCGGAACCAACUCCGACCCCGAAACAGACUCGUGCGCCCCGCACCCCGCCUGUCUCCUUCUCCUGCGCGAUUUGGUUUGGAGGAUGUCUAAGCGACGAUGGCAGGGUCUGGCCAACUGCCAUCACCGCAGCGGCAGCAAGACUGAGCACAAGAGCCUAUAUCUGGUUCUAGAUGACUGGCACAGGGGCUUCACCAUCCGCAAGCUUGACGCUGACAGCCCUGACCUAAGCACCCCCCCUGUCGUCCGGCUAGUGUCACCUGCCUUUAAUCAUGCCAUGGAUUUUGCAGCACUGAACAGCAACAUCAUAGCUACUAGCAACCAAUAUACUGCAACCGUGGUCUUCGACACCGAAACUUCUUCUUUGGCAAUGGGAAAUCCCCUCCCUGAUUCACUUCUCAAUACCGUCAACUACUUUUUUACCGACGGUCAAGUGCUGUUUGCGUUUGCCUACGACUUCAUGUUGCGGCCUCAAUCCUUUGAAAUCCUCACCACCACCAAGGAUGACAUCAACUCUUUGUGCCCAAGCACUGACUGGUCCUGGAAAAGCAUGCCGGCACCCUUCGCCAAGGAUGAAAGGAUCCAAUCCUACGCCCUUCACCCAGACGGACACACCAUAUUUGUGUCCUCUUACAGCAGCCGUGUCCGCCGUGGCACCUUCUCCUUUGACACCAAGAACCAUGAGUGGAGGCGUCAUGGGGAUUGGAUGUUGCCUUUCAAUCUCCAAGGCUACUUCGACGCCCAACUAGAUGCAUGGGUUGGGCUACACCGAGAUGGCUACAUCUGCUCCUGCCAAGUUCCCUCCCUCGGCAGUAGCUGCAGCACAUUGCAAGAGCCCAACUGGAAGAUGGCCAAGGAGCACAAGAUGUGGAGCCCACAGCGUCAGUUGGCUAUAGGGCGAGGGGCUACUCUCACCUACAUGGGCAACUCCAGGUUUUUCCUUGUUGAUUGUGUGGCGGCUGAUGGUUUAGAGUUCCAGGAUGCUUUUGGUUACUCUUGUGGCUGCGUGCUCAACAUGACCACGUUUCGUCUCAGGUACGAUCGUGAGGGCAAUCUGCAAAUCAAAGACAGGAACACUACCUCUUGUCCUGUGUCUAAGCAACUCUCAUCGUUCUCCCCGGUGGCAUUCUGGAUGUAGCUGUGGAUAUCAAACUUGCUGUUUUAUUUAUUUGGCUGUAUGUCAUGCAUACUAGCUAUAUUCAUCGUCCUAUCUGUAAAUUACUCCCUCCAUUUUUCUAUAUACAAGGCCACCUUCUGAAUUGGUUCCAACUUUGACCAUUGAUUUGAGCAACAAAAUAUAUGUUGCAUGCCACAGAAAGUUAGACCCAUUUGUACGCUUUCUGUGACAUAUAACAUAUAUUUUGUUGCUCAAAUUGAUGAUCAAAGUUAGACCCAAAUUAUUAAAUGGCCUUGUAGAAAAAAGAGAGAGUAUGAUUUGAAUCAAUAAAAAUCAAGCCGGUUAUUAUGUGGAACCUUCCGGAGCUCUUAAUUGUUAAUUCUGCAAAUGCAGAAACCGAUCGAUGGAUGUCUAUGAUUAUGAGUUCCAGCAACUUAUGAUAUUUUUUUUGUAAUGAUUA